GCAACCUUUUGCCGUUUCGCAGUCUAAGGUAGACCAUGGUAAUUUUCUAUUUCAACCUCCCCUUCUCACCUUCUUUAUAUAUAUAGCAACACCGGUUGCCAACACCAUCAAAGUAUUCCUUAACAUAGGCAUUUCAUCAAACAUUUUGUUGGCAUCCUUUUAAACAUCGAUGGAGGGUAAAGGAAAUAGCGCUAGCGCGGCACCGGCGGAAGCGGCGAAGUGGGGAACACACCAGAUGGGCGCUCCGGCACCUCCGCCAUCUCAUCCGGAAAAUCAGCAAGCCGCCGCCUACUGGGGCCCCCACCGCGGCGACGAGGAACGACCACCAUACGUAUUACUCGAAUCAAACUCGCAUAACCGCCCUGCAAGCGGAUCAAGCCCCAUGGAAACAAUCCUCGAAGCCUUCAACUCAUGGACGCGCAAAGCCGAGACUUUGGCCAGCAACGUAUGGCAGAAUUUGAAGACGGCGCCGUCGAUGAUGGACGCCGCCUGGGGAAAGGUGAGCCUGACGGCGAAAGCGUUGACGGAGGGAGGCUUCGAGACUAUCUACCGCCAAACUUUUCCGGUGGAACCUACCGAUCGCGUCAAAAAGACCUUCGCCUGCUACCUCUCCACCACCACUGGUCCCGUUGCCGGCACGCUCUAUUUAACCACGGCAAACGUGGCGUUCUGUAGCGAUCGGCCGCUUUCUUUCAGGGCACCGUCGGGGCAAGAGGCAUGGAGCUUCUAUAAGGUCUUUAUUCCGUUAAGUAAGGUUGCUACUGUGGAUCCGGUGACGGUGAGGGAGAAUCCGCCUGAGAAGUAUAUCAAGAUUGUGACAGUGGAUGGGCAUGAGUUCUGGUUUAUGGGUUUCGUUAGCUAUGAUAAGGCAUCAACUCAUCUGCUGAACGCAGUUCACGAUGUGGCGGCGGGGAGGCAAGCGGCGGAGGCUCCUGUUUCCGGUUAUGGCGGAGAAGCUUUAGCAAAAGAGGUGUGAAAAUUGUCGCCUUUACGGGGAGAAAAGAAUUUGGAGUAGGUGUGAUUGAAGAAAGGAUUAGGUGCUGACUGCUGAAUGUGUAUCUAACAGAUCGUAAUCGGAUUCGUACUGAACCUAUGAUUUGUUGGGUGAUUU